AUGGCCAGCACAGCAGUCCAGCUCCUGGGAUUCUUGCUCAGCUUCUUGGGAAUGGUGGGGACCUUGAUAACCACCAUCUUGCCUCACUGGAGAAGAACAGCUCAUGUAGGCACCAACAUUUUAACAGCUGUAUCAUAUCUGAAGGGACUUUGGAUGGAGUGUGUUUGGCACAGCACUGGCAUCUAUCAGUGCCAGAUCUACCGGUCUCUGUUGGCCCUGCCCCGUGACCUGCAGGCAGCUCGUGCCUUGAUGGUCAUCUCCUGCCUACUCUCUGUCAUGGCCUCUACUUGUGCUGUCAUUGGCAUGAAGUGUACUCAGUGUGCUAAAGGCACUUCUGUCAAGAACAUCUUUGCUGUCUCUGGGGGCAUCCUCUUUAUCUUGGCAGGUCUUCUAUGCAUGGUGGCUGUCUCCUGGACAACCAAUGAUGUGAUAGAAAACUUCUACAACCCACUGCUACCAACUAGCAUGAAGUAUGAGCUUGGGCAAGCCCUCUACCUGGGUUUCAUUUCAUCAUCACUGUCUCUUAUUGGUGGGACUCUACUCUGCAUGUCAUGCCAGGAGGAUGAACCCUACUCAGAUUACCAGACACAGUCCAGAAGGGCAACAACAGCACCUCCAUACCAGCCUCCCACUGCUUACAAGGACAAUCGUGUUCCCUCAGUGGCAUCAGCUUCCCACAGUGGUUAUAGACUGAAUGACUAUGUGUGA